CCGCAGCCUAGCUUCAUUACACUGUUCAUGGCGUCUGGCCGAAGGCUAAAGACAGGUCGCCUUCUGACAAACAGAUAGGCCGUUGACUUUAACGGUUUUGUUGUUGACGGUCUCAGAGGGGCACAAUGGAGUUGGAGGCUGUCAGUGUGGAAGAUGAGAGGCGUUUAACCGUGCUGAGAUUUGAGGCUGCCGUCAAAGUGAUCAAGAGUUUACCUCCAGAUGGUCCCUUUCAGCCCUCCAAUGAUAUGAUGCUCAAGUUCUACAGUUACUAUAAACAAGCUACUGUGGGUGUCUGCGAUAUUCCCCGACCUGGCUUCUGGGAUGCAGUCGGCAAAGCAAAAUGGGAUGCAUGGAAUUCUCUUGGAGAUAUGUCAAAAGAAGACGCAAUGGCUGCCUAUGUUGAUGAAAUGAAGCUGAUCCUGGAGGGAAUGCCCAUGACUGACGAGGUGGAGGAACUGUUGCGUGUCCUUGGUCCGUUCUAUGAGCUGAUUGAUGAGAAGAAAAAGAUCACGGAGAUAUCAGACUUGGGCACAGGGUUCGGUACAGUGUUGAACUCAAUGUCAUCGAAGACCAUGGUGAAGAGCAUCGUCAGAAAUAUGGAAAUGAACGGCACCCUGGAGACUCGUCCUGCCAGGCUCAAACCAAAGGAAGUGAAGGAAAAGCCAGAAGAAGAAACACAAGAGGAAGAUGAAGAUGAAGAGGAUGAGGAGGAGGAGGAAGAAGAAGAAGAUGAAGAAGAAGAAGAAGAAGCAGUGAUACGGGAGGUCAGAAAAGAUAAGAAAUCAGCAGCUUUGCAGCCAAAGAAGAAGGGUUCAGCCAGGAGACACAAAGCACCCAUAUCCAAUGGUAAAUUGGCAAAUGGGGGCACCCAUCUGACCAAUGGGAGUCACACCAGGGCUGCACUGAACAGCGCCAACUCACAGGAAGGUUCAGUUGGCGAGCCUGUGCUCAAUGGUCACCACACAGAUCUCAGUGUAGAUAUGUCCGGUCCCGGUCACGUGGCCAGUGACUCAGACAGCGAAGUCUACUGUGAUUCUGUGGACCAGUUCGGCCAGGAGGGGAGCUCAGAGCACAACCGCUCAUUAGACGACCUGGAUGAGGAGGAGAACCACGUCCUCCCGACUCUGGAGGAGCCGCAGGCGACACAGGAGCUCCAGGACGAUGUUCACGGAGCACCGCAGGGCGUCCGGUGUGGAGGAGAGGACGGAGAGAACGGCGGAACAAGGACACAGAGACAGAGACUGAAUGCAGACAUGCCGGACAGCUCUUUGGUCAGAAGAGGAAGGGGCUCCAGGUCUCCAGGCCGCGGCUCUGGGGCUCUCAUGCCCACGCACGGUGCUGGAGAUGGGGACGGGGACCGCUGGGGAGGAGCAGGAACACCUGCAGGCAGCCUGAAUGAGCAGAUAGUGGUGGCGUUGGCCAGACUGCAGGAGGACAUGCAGAGCGUUCUGGAGAGGCUGCACACCCUGGAGGCUCUGACUGCAAGCCAGGCAAGAGCAAUGUCCCUGUCUCCAACUUAUGCAUCAACCCCGGUGAAUAAGAGGAGUCAGAAACCAUCCUGGUGGCCUUUCGACAUUUCUCCGACCAGUUUGGCCUUUGCCGUUAUAUGGCCAUUUGUGGUUCAGUGGCUUAUUCGCCUAUACCUGCAGAGGAGGAGAAGACGAAUCAACUGAACCUGUUCUCUCCACUACACCCCUGGGCCCAGACGACGAAGAGGAGUCCUCUAAAUGUCUUUGGUUGGGUCGCUAACGGCUGUAACUCCCCCCUGCUUCGACCCACGGCCCAGUAAUUUGCUUUUGCACUAUGAAGAAGGCACCUAGAGUAAGGAGCGAGAGCAGGGUAUCUCUCAAGCGUGUUGUACUGUGGAAGAGGAAUCAGAUAGAAACAUGAAUGUAAGGGCUCGCAGCCUGUGAUUAUACAAGCUUUUUCGAGAUGAUGCCACUGUACUGGAAUCUUUUUCUCUGUAACAAAUGGUUCGUGCCGAGAGGGGGAACUCACAGAUGUGACGUUGUCAGCGUGUUUAUAAACCAACUGCAGCAGCUUCUCAAUUAUUUCCAUAACCAAGGCUGCGUUGCACAUAAAAUGGGCCUGAUACUUUUUGUUGUUUUGAGCAUAACGCGUGAUGUGGUGAUCAAUUUUUCACAAUUGACUUUCAUUAGUUGCCCAGGCAAUGCUGCUAUAAUAAAAAUGUUAAUACUGUAGUUUAGAAGGGAGGAUUGAAUGUAAUAAUAUAUUGAUGUGUGAGAUUCUUUUUAAAUUCUGAGAAUAAGUUAAUAUUUAUUGCUUUUAGUAAGUUGCAAUGAAGGCGUUGAGGCCAGAAUUCAGCUGUGUAAAUGAGGAUCAUGUUUUAAGAGAUGGUUCAGGUUCAGAAGUGUGGUUGUAUGAUGUACUUAUCCAUAGACAGACAGUGUAUUACCUACAGUAAAUGGAAGUUUGUACACCUCCAGAGUGUGGAGGGAGGCAGCAGCAAAAACUUGUAUUACACUUAGUUUCAAUGUGUACUGUAUAAAGAAUAUUUUUAGUGUUGUAGUUUGCCAUCAUGCCCUGUUUAUGUUUACGUGUUGGAGCUGAAGCUGUUAUCGGGGCUCUCUUCAAAACACCAGACUACAGACAAAAACACACAUUUUACCUUGAGAACACAGGAGUUGUUGCUGGUCUAUCGCUGCCUCAGUUCCUUAGUUUGUUUGAGUUAUGGUUUAACUUCUGUGAUGCAAAGGGUUAGUCCAGAUUUAUCAAAGUAACACAAAGACACAAACAAACUAAAAUAUCGAGAUAGCACUAAACCAGAAACUCCCAUGUUCUGCAAGUUAAAAUGUCAGAUUUUGUGAAUGGAGUCUGGUGGCUUUGAAGAGAGCAUAGAUAGCUUUCACAGCUUUAGUUCCCCAUAAGAAAGGACUGUCUGACAGCAAAUUAAAGCACUGAAAAUAUUCUAAAUGUAUCAUAUGGUUAAAGUUAGUUUCUGUGCCAGUUCUCCUGCAUGCUUUUCCAAACGGCUUCUACUGUACGUCAUACACUGAAUAUGGAUAAAUACCUCCUACAACCUACACUUCAACAAAUCAAAACUAUCCCUCAGUAACUGCUACAUGUUGUGCAUAGGUUAGACAUGUUUUCAUUACCUGUCCUGCUGCAUAUCAGCCUGUGCUUUAUGUCAAAUUGUUUUUCAAAUAGAAGAAGUGCCUCAACAUCGUAAGGUACAUUCAUACUGUCAGCAGCAUUAUGGUUUCUUACAUUCACAUAUUGUAGCAUAACUGUUCCAGAGCUGGACCAAAUUAACAUUAAUCAUAACUUCCCAGUGAGCCAUGAAGUGGUGGGAAUAUCUAACGGCCUCAUUCAGCUAUAUGACUAUUAAUGCAUAACAUUUGUCACCGUCCGUGUUGUUUACGCUGUCAAGUUUUUCUAAUGUGUGAUAUAUGUUUGUACGAAUAUUGUUGAAAGAUUUUGCGUGAGUGAUAGUAAUCAUGAGUUGUUUGCAAAGCAGUGAGAUCAAUGUAAAAUUGUAUACAAUAGCUGUACAGUUCAGAUUAAAAUGCAGUAUUUUAAUUGCAUUCCCAUGUAUAAUUAAUAUAGAAUACUAUAUCAUUUACAAAUGUUUGCAUCUGCAAUAGCACUAAUCUUUCCAGAGCCAUUAUGUUUUAAUAAAGAAGUAAUAGUUUCUACUGAAAUGUACCAAGGCUUUCUCGCCCUCUGCCUGUGGACAGAGCGGUGUUUGCAUGUGAUAAUCCAAGCCUCAAAUAAAAAUUUUCAUAAA